AUGGAAACCAGUGUUAUUUCACGUCAACUAUCAAAAAUAAAUGAAAGACACUCACAAGAACAAUCAUUAGGAAGUUACAUUGCAAAUGAACUCAAAUUCGAAUCACUGUUACAGCUUUUGUCCGGAGCGAAUGAUGAGAAUAGACCAGCAAUUUAUUCUUCUGCUCUGAGUGUUCUUUAUACACACAAAGAAGUUAAAAAUGUCAUUAAAAAUCAGUUUAAUUUAUAUGAAUUCAAUCUCCAGUGUAACGAUCGUGUAGGUAUUCUUCUACCGAAUGGCGCAGAAUUUGGUCUCUGUAUUUUGGCAACAUGUUGUUACUGCACCUGUGUACCGAUGAAUUCGUCAAGUACAAUCGAUGAAAUUAAAAAUGACAUAAAAGUACUGCAAAUUAAAGCUUUGGUUAUUGAUACUAAUAUUGUCGAUGCUGAACAACUGAAAGCAACGACAUUACUACUGAAAUUAAAUAGAACAGCAGAGACAUUUAAAUUGGAAACCAUCUCAGAUUCAGGUGCGGUAGAAUGUCGUGUUAAUAAAAGUGCGUUAAAUAGUUCAGAGGAUACUUGUCUUCUUCUACAAACAUCUGGCACAACUGGUCAAAAGAAAACCGUUCCAUACAAAUUAAAGACAUUUAUUAUUAGCACCCUAUGUGUUGCAUUUUCAUGGCGGUUAACUCCAACGGAUUGUAAUUUGAAUAUGAUGCCUCUGUUUCAUGUCGGCGGUAUUGUACGAAACCUAUUUGCACCACUGCUAACAGGCGGCAGUGUUAUUCUUUGUGAAGGAUUUGAUCCAAAUGUAUUUUGGGAUAUAUUAGAAACUACUCAAUGUCCCGCAACAUGGUACUAUGCAGCACCUACAAUACACUGGGCUAUAUUACAAACAAAUAAAUGCGGAAACUUCGGAUUUAAAUCCGAGAGUUAUGUGUACUUCAAAAAGUGGAUCAUACGAAUCAGUCAUCCUAGAAUGUCUGAACAUCAAAAUUAUACUGGGAAAACUAGCAUUUCAAAUUUUGAUUUUCAUUGCGCGUUGCCAAACCAAUAG